GAUGCAUCUGCAUAAACACCAAUAGACCUCACCUACACAUAUAGAUUAAACUAUAUAACUACUUAAAAACCCUAGCUUCGUUUUGUUCCCCUUUCCGUCUCCCAUCAGCAGCACCACUAGCAGUAGCGGCGGGUAGCUUUAAAGCUUCAAGAAUGGGGAUAGAUUUGAAAAGAGGAGGUAAGUCCAAGAAGACCAAACGUACAGCUCCGAAGUCGGAUGAUAUCUAUCUUAAGCUUCUUGUUAAGCUGUACCGGUUUCUUGUGAGGAGAACUGGAAGCAGGUUCAAUGCUGUGAUAUUGAAGAGGCUGUUUAUGAGCAAGAUCAACAAGGCCCCACUUUCUCUUUCUAGGCUUAUUACAUUCAUGAAGGGAAAGGAGGACAAGAUUGCUGUGCUUGUUGGGACAGUAACUGAUGAUAUUAGAGUCUAUGAGGUGCCUGCAUUGAAAGUCACUGCUCUGAGGUUUACAGAGACAGCUAGGGCCAGGAUUGAGAAGGCUGGAGGAGAGUGCUUGACAUUUGAUCAGCUUGCUUUGAGAGCUCCACUGGGACAGAACACAGUUCUCCUCAGAGGUCCGAAGAAUGCUCGUGAAGCUGUCAAACACUUUGGCCCAGCUCCAGGUGUGCCACACAGCCAUACCAAACCAUUUGUGCGCGCCAAGGGAAGGAAGUUUGAGAAAGCUAGAGGAAAGAGGAACAGUAGGGGCUUCAGGGUUUAAUUUUGUUUUAGUGAGAGUGAGGCAGUUUGUUUUGAUUGACUGUUCCAAUUUUUGUGCAACUCUAGGUAUCCAAGGAUCAUUUUCAUGAUAUUUUAACUUUGGUUAUCUAUUUAUCUGCUUGGAUUGUUUAAUGCACAGCAAUCAUGCUUGGUCA